AUGGAGAGAAGGAUGUCUGAUAAUCAUGAAAAACCCAUUUUUCUUCAUUUAAGAUUCAUGUGUUUGAUUCCCAUUUCCUUCUUUUUGUUGUUUUUCUUGAGCUCUUUAUCCCCUACAGAUGGGUAUGAUCCAUUGGACCCAAAAGGGAACAUCACAAUCAAAUGGGACAUCCUAGAAUGGAAUCAAGACAAGUACGAGGCAUUGCUGUCCAUAUUCAAUUACCAAUUGUUCAGACACAUAGAAACGCCAGGUUGGAGGUUGAGUUGGUCAUGGGUAGGGGACGAAGUCAUAUGGCACAUGACUGGUGCUGAAGCUACUGAACAAGGGAACUGUUCCAGGGUCCAAGGUGCAACUACCCUACCCCACUCAUGUGAGAAGACACCUAUAAUUAUAGACCUUCUUCCUGGGACACCUUACAAUAUGCAGACUUCUAAUUGCUGUAAGGGAGGUGUUUUAUCUUCUAGGGUAAUGGACCCUGUUAACUAUGGAGCUACUUUUCGAAUGACUGUUGGUUUGGCCACUUACAAUAAUUUAAAUGAAGCAAAGCCUGAGAAUUUCAGCAUUGGACUUCCUGGUUAUACCUGUUCUAAUGCUACUGAUGUCCCUGCAAGCAGAUUCACUCAAGAUGGCCGUCGCUAUACACGGGCUCUCUCAACAUGGAAUAUAACAUGUACCUACUCUCAGUUCCGGGCAUCACUUAGGCCAACAUGUUGUGUUUCUUUGUCUGCCUUCUACAAUGAAGCCAUUACUACCUGUCCUCAGUGUAGCUGUGGUUGCAUGGGAGACCCAAAAAUAAAAUGCAUUGAGAAUACAGAGUCAUUGUUGCAACUUCCAUCAAAUAAGCAGACUAAUGCACCAAUUGUGAGAUGUUCAAAACAUUUGUGUCCAAUUAGGGUUCACUGGCAUGUGAAAACAAGUUACACAAAGUAUUGGAGGGUUAAGGUUACAGUGGAGAACUUGAACUUUCUUAAAAACUACAGCAUGUGGAGCUUGGUGAUCCAACACCCCAACAUGAGAAGCAUAGAUCAGAUUUUCAGCUUUAAUUACCAUUCUUUGGAUCAGUACCCAGUCAAUGAUACAGGAAUAUUUUGGGGUAUCCAAUACUAUAAUGAUAUGUUACUGCAAGCAGGAGAUUCAGGAAACGUUCAGAGUGAGAUGAUACUAAGCAAAGAAGCAGGGAAUUUCACAUUCAGGGAUGGAUGGGCUUUCCCUAGGAAAAUCUCUUUUAAUGGUGAUGAAUGCGUAAUCCCUCCACCUGAUCAAUUCCCUAGACUUCCCAAUGCUGCUUCAAAUUUACAAAUUUCCCCUCAAAGUAAAAAACAUCUUUUGAUGAUGGCUUCUUUGUUAGUGUUGCUCACAAUGAUGAUCAUUCUCAGUUAAUAGAGGAGC